CCCGCGCGCAGACGCGCUUUCAGGGACGUCUGGAUGUCAUUGGACAGGUUUUGCCUGAUGCAACGACAACAGCAUUUGAAUGUAUCAGGAGGAAGAAGCAUGACAGGAGGCAGAUGAGCAUGAGACAGGAAAGAAUUGAUGUAAAGACAGAAGAUUUUAGACUAAGAAGGAUGUAGCGAUGAAGAUGAGGACGGUGAUCGGAUUACUGUCAGAAGUGAUGAAGAAAUGAAAGCCAUGCUAUCCUAUUAUUAUACCACUGUAAUGGAACAGCAAGUAAAUGGACAGUUAAUAGAACCUUUGCAGAUAUAUCCAAGAGCCUGCAAGCCUCCUGGGAAACGCAACAUACAUGGCCUGAAGGUAAAUACACGAGCAGGGUCUGCUAAUAAUAGCAGCUCAGCAGUCUCGGAUUCCCUUCCAAGCAAUAGCUUAAAGAAGUCUUCUGCAGAACUGAAGAAAAUAUUAGCUAAUGGCCAGAUGAAUGAACAAGACAUACAGUAUCGAGACGUCCUCGGUCAUGGCAAUGGAGGCACGGUCUACAAAGCGUAUCAUGUCCCUAGUGGAAAAAUACUGGCAGUAAAGCUCAUACCUUUAGAUAUUACACUGGAACUCCAAAAGCAGAUAAUGUCGGAAUUAGAAAUCCUUUAUAAGUGUGACUCAUCUUAUAUCAUAGGAUUUUAUGGCGCUUUUUUUGUCGAAAACAGAAUUUCACUGUGUACAGAAUUCAUGGAUGGCGGUUCUUUGGAUGUUUAUAGAAAAAUUCCAGAGCACGUACUAGGAAGAAUAGCAGUAGCUGUUGUUAAAGGCCUUACCUAUUUAUGGAGUUUAAAGAUUUUACACAGAGAUGUGAAACCCUCUAAUAUGUUGGUGAACACACGAGGACAGGUGAAGCUGUGCGACUUUGGGGUUAGCACACAGCUAGUGAAUUCGAUAGCCAAGACGUAUGUUGGAACAAAUGCUUAUAUGGCGCCUGAACGAAUUUCAGGGGAGCAAUAUGGGAUUCAUUCUGAUGUAUGGAGUUUAGGGAUUUCCUUCAUGGAGCUUGCUCUUGGGAGGUUUCCAUAUCCUCAGAUUCAGAAAAACCAGGGAUCUUUAAUGCAGCCUCUCCAGUUAUUGCAGUGCAUUGUUGAUGAGGAAUCGCCAGUCCUUCCGGUUGGGGAGUUCUCUGAGCCAUUUGUACACUUCAUCACUCAAUGCAUGAGAAAGCAACCAAAGGAAAGGCCAGCACCUGAAGACUUAAUGGGCCACCCAUUCAUCAUGCAGUACAAUGAUGGGAAUGCUGAAGUUGUCUCCAUGUGGGUGUGCAGGAUGCUGGAGGAGAGACGGUCUCACCAGGGCCCUCCAUGAGCAGCAAGGAAGCACAAUGGAUGAGGUGAAAGAGAACCCAGGACUAGCAAAAGGAAAACCAGCCCCACGUCGCACUGUUGAGAGAUGGCAUAUUUCACUGAAAAAAUAUUUUCAGAGCAUCAACAAAACUUUUCAGGAUAUUUGCUGCUGCUUUUUCUAACUUUAGGGCAUUUUCUCCACACAUUUCCUUUGUUGCUGACUGAUUUAAUGUCCUCAAAUUGUCUUCAAUCAAACUGUACACAGCCUUAAAGCAUCUAUAGUGUGUGUGUGUAUAUAUAUAUAUAUUGUUAUUGAGUGUACUGUAUAUUUCUUGGCUCCAGACUAUUUUUUAACCUUUAGUCUUUUGCUAUUGUAAAAAUGACACGUUGACUGUACAACGAAGUUUCUACACAAGUGUAGACAGUCUUUGGCCGCACACAUCAAGGACGUGUCGGGGUUUUUUAACUGGAUUUGUUUAAUAAAACACAACGGUGGCAUUCACCAUCCUUCUGAGAGGUGAAGGUGUCUUGUUGGAAAAAUAAAAAUGCAGCAAGUGUAUCAACA